CAGAUUUGGGUUUUCACUGUCUUUUUUCUAUGAAAGAAUUUCCUUCUCACAGUUUGGAAGCCAGCAAGCCCGGUAGCUAGGUUCUGGCAUCUGGCAGAAGGCCAGAGGGAGGGAGGGAGCGAGCAGGCACAGGGCAGCGCAGAGCCAUCGCAUCACACACAGGGUCCUUUACAUAGCUGUCCAGGGAAGAGGCGGGUGAGGGAGGCCGGUGGUGACUCAGGCGGGGGAGUCACACACAACUGUUCGGGAAGGCACAAGGCUCAUGCCUGUGGGAGAUUAUCUGCAGGCCCAGGUGAAAGACAGGCUACGAGUUACAAGUUGGACAGUCUCCUCUGUGGAACUGCAGAGCAGUGGAGCAGCCACCUGCCAGCUCCCGCCUCAGCCCAGACAAUGCCUGUGGAGGAGUUUGUGGCUGGCUGGAUUUCAGGAGCCCUGGGCCUGGUCAUGGGCUACCCCUUUGACACUGUAAAGGUGCGGCUGCAAACCCAGAACGCGUACCGAGGCAUUGUAGACUGCAUGGUCAAGAUUUACCGCCAUGAGUCGAUCCUGGGCUUCUUCAAGGGAAUGAGCUUCCCGAUUGCCAGCAUAGCCGUGGUCAACUCUGUCCUGUUUGGGGUCUACAGCAACACCCUGCAGGUGCUCACGGCCACCUCCCACCAGGACCGGCGGGCCCAGCUGCCCAGUUAUACAUGUAUCUUCCUAGCAGGCUGCACCGGGGGCUUUGUGCAGGCCUACGCCCUGGCCCCCUUUGACCUCAUCAAAGUCCGUCUACAAAAUCAGACGGAGUCGAGGGUGCGGCUGGGGAGCCCCCCGCCCCGGUAUCGGGGACCCGUGCACUGUGCAGCCACCAUCUUGCGAGAGGAGGGACCUAGGGGGCUGUUCCGAGGAUCUGGGGCCCUGAUGCUGAGGGACACCCCCACGCUGGGACUGUACUUCAUCACCUACGAAGGGCUCUGUUACCAGUACACCCCUACGGGCCAGCAACCCAGCUCGACCACUGUGCUGGUGGCAGGAGGCUUCGCGGGCAUAGCCUCCUGGGUCACGGCCACGCCCUUCGACGUGGUCAAGGCGCGGCUGCAGAUGGGCGGCGUGCAGCAGCGGGCCUACGCGGGCAUGCGCGACUGCAUCGUGACCAGCUUCCGGCGAGAGGGCCUGGCCGUCUUCUUCCGGGGCUUCACCAUCAACAGCGCCCGCGCCUUCCCCGUCAACGCAGUCACCUUCCUCAGCUACGAAAGCCUGCUGCGCAUGUGGGGGUGAGGCCCCGGGAGCCCGGAGGCCGGGCGGAGGGCGCGAUGGGCGCGAUGGCAUGGGCAGGCCAGGCCUGGGACCCGCAGCGCCGCCCACCUCGCACGGCGCACCCCAGCUCCUUUGCUCCGGAAGCAAUGAGCGCGGGCACAGACUGAACUGGCCGGUGGAGCGGGCCACCACCAAGCCCUGUCCCGCAACCCCUUGGCUUUCCCUUUUCAAGCCACUACCCAGCGCCGCAAACAUCACGCCUAACUCCUGCAGCGCCCCCUUUUCAGCCUCUCCUCGCCUUGCACGGCCCUGUGUUUUCCCUGCGCGGGAUAUUGGGGGGGGGGGGCAGUGGCUGUCUCGGCCCUGGCUGGCCCUCCCCACGAGGCUUCCAGCUUCCUUGGUCACUCUGUGGACCUAAACACACCGGGAAUCACUCACAACCCAGGCCUGGGAGGCUUCUGCCUCCUGGACAGCAGGGCCAGAGCUCAGCAGGUGCCUGUACCUACCCAGGUGACCAGGCCUCCAGGGGCCCAGGCCAGCACCGUCUCCUGGGGGCCUUCCUGCUGCCCACGGCCCACCUGCCCUUGGCCCAGCUGCCCAUAGCUCAGUGGGAGUGCGGGUGGGGUUGGCAGGUGGACUGCUGGUUGAAACCAGGGCCUUUGCAUGGACCUACAUUCUCAGUCCUUUUUAUUGUUUAAAAUUUUGAACCAAGGCCUCAUUAAGUGGCCAAAUUGCCUGGGCUGGAUUCCAAUUUGUAAUCUCUCUGCUUUGGCCUCUGGAGUGCCGGGCCCCACUGGAGAGGGUUCCUUUGCUCAAUAAGGCUGAACAGCUGGGCAUGGUGCCACACCCCUGUAUUAUCAAUGAAAGGAACCCUUUUUUAUAAAAGUAAGUUUAUUGGUACAUUUUAGCUCACUCAUCAUAGGGAAUUUGUACCUGUACAUGAUAUGCCUUGAUUCUUUUUUCUUUUUCUCUAUUCUCCUCCCCUCCCUUUAACUCCUUCUCCCCCAUCCAUUUACAAACAUUUGUUCCCAUUUUUUUUUAGAGGAAUCCUUUUGAGCUGGGCAUGGUGGCUCACCCCUGUAGUCCCAGCACAUGGGAGGCUGAGGCAGGAGAAUCACUGCAAAUUUGAGGCCAGCCUGGGCUGCAUAGUAAGUUUCAGGCUGGCCUGAACUACCUAGUGAGACUGUCACAACAAACCAAAAUAAUAUUAACAAUAAUAAGGGCUGGGGAUUUAGCUCAGCGGCCUAAGUACUUGCUUUGCAAUCAGGUGGUCGUGAGUUCGAUCCCUGGUACCGAUAAAAAAAACCAUAAUAACAAUAAUAAGCCUGAACAUAGCAUAGUGAUGAGUGUUUUGGUUUUCUGUGGGGUUGCUUUUUUUUUUGUCUUUUUUCGUUUUUAUCGGUACCAGGGAUCGAACUCAUGACUGCCUGCUUGCAAGGCAGGCGCUUAUGCCGCUGAGCUAAAUCCCCAGCCUCCUGCUUUUUUUUGAGACAGGAUCUCACUACAUAGCCCAAGUUGGCCUUCCACACAUAGCGAUCCUCUUGCCUCAGCUUCCUGAGUGCAGGGAUUACAGACAUGCACCAACAAGCCCAGCUAGUGGUUAAUGUCUAUCAUCCUAGCUACUCUGGAGGCUGAGGCAGGAAUUUAAGGAUAGCCUGGGCAAUUUAGCGGGACCCUGUCUCAAAAUUUAAUAAGAGGGCUGGAGAUGGAGCUCAGUCCAAGGCCCUGUGUUUAAUCCCUUAUCAAUCAGUCCAUCAGGUUGUGUUAUAAUUGAAGGUCUAUCUUUUAGUUUGUUCUUUAUUUAUACUUCGAGUUUCUGAUAGACAAACCAUGGAAUCAAACUGCUUUAUAGUGGUGUAGCAGAAAAUGCUCCUGCCAGCAUUUUGGUUGCCUGGUAAAACAGUUCCUGCUUCAGUUUGGGCUGCUGGCUGAUUACAGCUGGGUCACUGCCAUGCUUAAGUGUAAGAACCAAUCGAGGACGGUCACUACUCCUUUCUCCCCCAUCCCGGUAAAAACCUGCCUCCCUGGGCCUCUGGGGCCUGACAUUUUGAGGAACAAUUGAUUUCUAGUCAGUGCCUCCCAAUAUUAUGUAAAUAUGCCUCUAAAUCCUGGGCCUUGUUUCAGUGUUUCUCUUUGCCAUUGCAGUAGGAGGGUUCUGCAUAAAACCCAGUGCCCUGCACUUCCAUGUGAAUGAACUAGAAGCCUUGUUUUCUUUCAUUCAUUCCCACAUUCAUUCAUUCAGUAAUUUGUUCAAAAGGCAUUUAUUGUGUGCCACAGUAUACCAGCCAGAGUUCUUUUUAGUACUGGUCUGUGAUACAUGAUUCACUGUGGGACACGGGUACAUCUCCAUCUCACAUUUUUUUUUUUUUUUUUGAUACCUGGGAUUGAACUCAUGACUGCAUGCUUGCCAAACAGGCACUUACGCCACUGAGCUAAAUUCCUGGCCCUAUGUACCACAUCUUGGUGCUUUUUAUUCCAUCUUCCUUUCCCAUCUUCAGAAGGUCUUUUAUUUUGUUCUUUAUUUAUACUUUGAGUCUCUGAUAGACAAACCAUGCAAUAUUUAACCUUUUGUGUCUGAUUUAUUUCACCUAGCCCAAUGGUCUCAAGGUAUAUCCAUUUUCCUAGAAAUGACUGAAACUUAUCCUUCUUUAUGGCUGAGUAGUACUCCAUGGUGAGUAGGUACUGAAGGUUCUGCUGGCCUGGGGUUUAGCUCCAUCCUCCCAAAGUGGUUCCAGACCCACAGAGACAGCUUCUCGUCCAGGAGUGACUUCUGCGUUCUCCUCAUUCCAGAGAUAAACUUCCCCUGCUCCCUUUUUAUGAGUGUACUGACCCCUUUCCAAUCUUAAGACUCCACAACCACCCAAGUCUCCACCUCCAGCCCUCAGUAAGUCUGCCUCCUAUUUAACACAGGCAGAAGCUCCUUCAAAUCAGUGGUUAAUAUGUCACUUUGCCACCCCUCAAACUCCUCCCCCCGUCAGAACUGAUAAAAGUAGCCCCACUUCUGUGUUCUUGUUUGAGAGCCUCUGUACGCCCUGCCCCAUGAAGCUCUCCCUUGCCCGCAGUAAAGGCCUCCUCCUCUGUCUCCUUCUUACCUCUCAUUUUCUCUGCACUGCUUCAGAUUGAGUGCCCAAAAUACUCAAUCAGGUGCAUUUCCUUUAUUUGUUCAUCAGUCAACUGACAUAGAAAAUGUUUCUAACAUUUUACCAGCCGCAGCUUUGGCAGUGAGCAAACUCCAGCAAGAUCUCUACUGCACAUAGUUUAAAGGAGAGCUCAUAGUUUAAAGGAGAAGUAGAUAUAAUCAAAGGGCCACAGAGAGGAGAGUGGAAUUGCAAACAGGAA